UCAUGCCAGGUGAUGGGGAGGGUGAAGGGCAGUGGUGUUAGCAGAUAUUACUGAGCCUGCUCAGCUCCUGUGCGUGCCGACCGCACCUUAAGUAGCAAAUUCCUACCGUUUGCAGCUGUUGCUGGGCGUGCUCAGACCACUCCAGCAAAUUCUCCAGGAAGGGAAGCUGAUGCAACAGCCCUUCUCUGUCUGGGCAGUUCCUGUCUCCUUGAUGAACCGUCUCAAGUGGUGCUGGCAGCAUGGAGUGGGCCGAGAGUGAACUGCUGGAGACCCUGGAAGAGCUGGGAGAAAGGGAGCUGCAGAGAUUCAAGGACAAACUGAGUGAAAUCCAGCCUAAGGAGGGAUACCAACAUCUCCCCUCUGGGAGCCUAAGAAAUGCGGAUCUCCUAGCCCUCGCGGACCUGCUCCUCCUCUUCUAUGGGACGGACGAUGGGGCGGAGGUGGCUGUGGAGGUGCUGAGAGCCAUCGACCAGGAAGCCCUAGCAGAGAGACUCAAGAUACUCAUUGAUACACUGGAAUAUGAGAAAUCUUAUUUCGAGCGGCAGCUGCAGCAGCAUCACUUCGCAAGAGGAGGUUUCAUGUAUGUGGAAUGCACACUGAACGAUGAGCAGUACCAGACAAUCAGAGCUGAGAAAACCAGCCAGGAGAAGAUGCAGAAGCUGUACGAGCUGGUGCCGGGCUGGGACGAAUGGCAGAAGGACCAGCUCUACCAGGCACUGAAGGAAACAAACAGAGACCUGGUUGAAGAGCUGGAGGGGGGACACUUUGUUGACCGGCACCGAGAGAAGCUGAUCCAGAGAGUCCCAGAAGUGGACAGAGUCCUGAAGCUACUUCGGGGGCACACGCUAACCCCUGAACAAUACCAGAGCAUCAGCACCAGGAGAUCCAAUGUGGAGAAAAUGCAGAAGCUGUACAAGCUGGUGCCGAGCUGGGGGAGGGAGCACAAGGACCGGCUCUACCGAGUGCUGUGGAUAACAAACAGAGCCCUUGUUGAUGAGUUUGCAGGUGUGGGUACCCGAGCGCAGAAGCCGUCCACCAGCACCAGCCCUGGAGCUACACGGGAACAUUUUGUGGAGCGGCAUCGGGAGCAGCUGAUUCAACGCGCCUCUUCAGUUGACACAAUCCUAGAUGUGCUGAAGCGGAGCCAUUACAUGUUGGAACAGAAGAGUCUGUUCCUGGCGCAAAAGGCAGCAAACGAAAGCCUCACUGAAGAGCUAGAGGCAUCAAAGCGACGUACUGGCAGGGGUGGACGACUCCGGAAUCGGCCGCACAUACUGAACGAUGAACAAUAUCAGAUGAUCGGACCUGAGAAAACCAGCCAGGAGAAGAUGCGGAAGCUUUACAAGCUGGUGCCGAGCUGGGGCAAACGGCAGAAGGACCGGCUCUGUUUGCUGAAGAAAACAAACAGAGGCCUGGUUGAAAAGCUAAAGGGUGCAAGUACCCCGGCUCAGAUGCCGUCCACCAGCACCAGCCCCGGAGCUACAUGUCUCGACAAGCGCCCAGAUUUCUUCCCGCACCAGGACCAGCCGUACCUAGCGCUGAAGGCAACAAGCGAAAGCCUCACUGAAGAGCCAGAGGGAUUCACCAGUAAAGAGACUGAAUCCGACUCUAGUUCUGCUGCAGCGAUGAAGGCGGCAGGAGGUGGGUAG